GAAUGCUAUCGAGCAUUUAUCUAUUGGGUUGAGUCUUGAGACCUCAAAUAUUGAGUGUUUAUAUUUACGAGCUUCUUGCUACCACGCCAUUGGAGAAUUUAGAGAAGCGGUUAAGGAUUACGAUGCUGCUCUGGAUCUUGAGCUAGACUCGAUGGAAAAGUUUGUGCUUCAAUGCCUGGCCUUCUACCAGAAAGAAAUUGCUUUGUACACUGCUUCAAAGAUCAACAGUGAAUUUUGCUGGUUUGAUAUUGAUGGAGAUAUUGAUCCCCUCUUUAAG